AUGCAACGACUCCACCAUCAUUCUCACCAAGACGCAACUAACAUCAACGAGUGGCAAUGCCUUGAUACCUUGAAGCAAAAACUGUCCGUAUAUACUCAGCGAUUGAAAAGGUAUAAAGCGUCCAGUCACAGAAAGCACGACAAUGCGCUCUUUCAACGAUCCGAAAAGGCAUUCUACAGGAAACUGUCAUCCGAACCCCAGGAAAAGAGCAAAACGGUGCCCACAAAGGACCAAGUAGAGGAAUUUUGGGGCAAGCAGUUUGGCUCGACAGCUUAUUACAACAAGUGUGCAGGAUGGAUUACAGAUGAAGAAGCGAAGAGCCAUUAUUGCAAUCCCAUGCAGUAUAGGGCAUAUACCAAACAAGAAAUCGUGGAUAUCGACCAGGUCAUUCCUACCAACAAUUACAAGAGGUUCAUACUUAAGAACUUGCAACAGUCUGAUAAAUGCAGGUACGGCUGUCAGGACUCCGAAACAAUACAGCACGUAACUGGUGGAUGCCAAGCAUUCGCUCCAACGGACUAUAAGGAGCGCCACGACAUAGCUGCCAAAAUCAUUCACCAGGAGUUGGCAUACAAAUUCAAACUGAUCGAAUGCAAGCUACAGUACUACAAAUAUACACCGCAAUGUGUCCUCGAGAACGACAAGUAUAAACUAUACUGGGAUCGCACUGUGCUUACGGACCAAUACAUAAAACAAAACAGACCUGACAUAAUCAUUGUCGACAAGGACGCCCAGAAAGUAACACUGAUUGAUGUGGCCAUACCUAAUAGUAACAAUUUAACAUACAAACAUAAUGAGAAAGUUGCAAAUACAGGGAGCUAG